AUGGAUACCUUACCCAAGAUUGCCAUCAUCGGCGGUGGACCUGCUGGUCUCACCCUGGCAAAUAUUUUGCAAAAGAAUAGCAUUCCCUUCUCAGUCUUUGAACAUGAUGCAUUCCCCAACGAACGGGACCAAGGAGGUACUUUGGAUUUGAAUCCAAAGACAGGUCAGGCAGCGCUCCGCGAAGCCGGUCUAUGGGAUGCAUUUAUCCAGCAUGCACGGCCCGAAGGCGAUGUUCUCAAAGUGGUCCAGCAAGAUGGCGUGGUGCUCUGGGAUGGAAACACGUCGCAACCACCUGUACGCAAUGACAAAAGUAUGUCCCAUAGCCCAGAAAUCGACCGUGGAAAAUUAAAGGAGAUCCUUCUCCAGAAUCUGGAUGGGAGGAACGUCCAUUAUGACAAAACACUCGCCAGCGCUGUUCCCGGCGAACGAACCGACAGCUGGGACUUGCAUUUCCGUGAUGGAUCCGUGGCAAAAGAUUUUGAUCUCAUCGUGGGCGCAGAAGGGGCUUGGUCCCAUACGCGCAAGCUACUUACCGAUGUCGAGCCAUUCUACUCGGGAAUCACGGCGAUUGAGUUGUGGGCGCUGGACGUCAACCAGAAUCACCCCUGGAUGGUAGAUUAUGUCGGCCGUGGUAGCCUGUUUUCCUUCGAUGCAGACAGAACCAUCCAAAUUCAGAGGAUAGGGGAUGGUAGUAUCCGGACCUACGCAUGCCUCAGGGUGCCGGAGGGGUUUACCAAGGACUGCGGCAUUGAUUGGACGCAGCCUGAUAUUGCCCGCAAGGAAUUGGUAGAACGAUACUACAACGAUUCCGCAAUUGAGUUGAAGCGAAUGAUUUUGGAAAGUACCGACAAAUUGAUUCCGCGCCCACUUUACAUGCUUCCUGUCGGAAUCAAAUGGGAUCCACGACCUGGAGUGACUCUCCUGGGAGAUGCCGCCCAUUUGAUGACCCCAUUUGCCGGAGUUGGUGUGAAUGCAGCCAUGCUUGACGCACUGGAACUUAGUAAUACCCUUGUAUCUUUGAAAAUGGGCAAAUUUCCAUCAUUGAGCAAGGCUAUUGAAAAAUACGAGCGCGAGCUAUUUCCUCGUGGGCAGAAAUUUGCCCAAAAGACAGUGAAAAACAUGGAAACUCACUUCAGUGCGGAUGGGUGUAAUCACCUGGUAUGGCAGUUGAGGCUCGGUGGUUUUUGA